AUGGCGGUGUGCAUCGCCGUGAUCGCCAAGGAGAACUAUCCCCUCUACAUCCGGAGCAUUCCAACUGAAAAUGAGCUGAAGUUCCACUACACUGUGCACACUUCCCUCGAUGUCGUGGAUGAAAAGAUCUCUGCGAUGGGCAAGGCUCUUGUAGAUCAGAGGGAACUGUACCUAGGGCUCCUCUACCCCACUGAAGACUACAAGGUAUACGGCUACGUGACAAAUUCGAAGGUGAAGUUUGUUAUGGUGGUGGAUUCUUCAAACACAGCACUUCGAGACAAUGAGAUCCGCAGUAUGUUCCGAAAGCUGCAUAAUUCAUAUACGGACAUAAUGUGUAACCCUUUUUAUAACCCUGGGGACCGUAUCCAUUCCAGGGCUUUUGAUAAUAUGGUGAACUCCAUGAUGAUGCAGGUUUGCUGAAGCUCUGCCCCUUCUCAUCCGAGUGUUGAGAGCAUUCCCCGUGUACAGGAGUGUGCCUACAAAGUGAUGUAUAUAUUGUCUUCAUUCUGUGUAAUAUUUUAAAUCUAUUCUGUGUAAAAUAAACUUGACACCUGCAAGGUUUGCACGCAUUUCUACUCUAGCAAACCUGAGUAUAGCACAGGAGUCACUGUUCAGCUUUAUGCCCUCAGGUAACAUGUGAGAGCCAGCUCUUCCUUCAGGAAGGCCAGCUAUGUCAGGUAGGAGGUUUGUUCCCUGCAGAAAUGUGUGCAGCUGUGCCUCUGUGCAA